AUGCAGUUAAAAUAUCUACCACUCGUUGCGGUAUUUGUCGGAGUAGCUCUUGGAGCUCCUAGUGAGCAGCUCUCGGGACCUGAUCGUCGCAUCGUCAACGGAACGGAUGCUACGAUCGAGGAGUACCCGUUCAUGAUCUCACUCCGUGGUAGCAUCGGUAGCCAUUCGUGCGGUGGUAGCAUCCUGUCCGAGUUUUGGAUUCUCACGGCAGCCCAUUGCGUGAGCUCAGUGACCGUGGCCACACAGACGGUACAGGUCGGGCGGACAAAUAUCUCCCGCACUGCGGACGAUUCCGUGUACAAGAUCGAGCAGGUCAUUCCACACCCAGAAUAUGAUUCGCGCAACAGUUACAUCAAUGACAUUGCACUGCUUAAGCUAGCCCGACGGCUGCAGUUCAGUGAUCGAGUAUUUCCGGUCCGAUUGCCACGAUCGUUCACCGAGAUUUCGGAUCCGGAUGAUCUCGGUGUGACGCUGAUUGGUUGGGGACUGACGGCUACCAAUGGUUACGCACCGACCACACUGCAGCAGGUCGAUUACUACAUCGUCCCGAACGAGGAGUGUGAUGCGAUCCACACGAGCAAAAUCUACCCCUCGCACAUUUGUGCCGCGUAUCCCGGUGGGGGUAAGGGCCAGUGCAGCGGAGAUUCCGGUGGCCCGUUGCUACAUCGUGGCGUGCAGGUGGGAAUCGUUUCGUGGAGUGUUAAACCCUGUGCAUCCGCACCAUUCCCAGGCGUUCUAACCAAAGUGUCGCACUAUAUCGGCUUCAUCCGGCAGUAUACUCGAAUCCUGCACUAACUAACCUGCUGGAUAGUUAGCUACAAGGACCAUCGUCUGCAUAACAAAUGGUUAGGUUAGGUUUACAGCAA